AAGUCCCGCCGCCUCCCGGCGUUCGGAGGAGUCGCGGGGGAGCGGCGGCAUGGCCCGGGCGGGCGGCAGCGUGUGCCGCUGCUGCUGCUGGGCGCUCGUCCUCCUGUGGGCGGCGGCGGGCGGCCGCGCAGAACUCCGCUAUGCAACUGUGUACUGGAAUAAAGCUGAAAAAAUACUUCAGGUCAGGAAUACACUGGACAGGAGUGGAGAUGCUUAUGGCUUCUACAACAACAGUCUACAGACAACAGGCUGGGGAGUCCUGGAGAUCAGAGCAGGCUAUGGCUCUCAGACCUUAAGCAAUGAAGAUAUUAUGUAUGUUGCUGGGUUCUUGGAAGGCUAUCUCACAGCUCCGCAAAUGUAUGACCAUGCUGCAAAUAUGUAUCCACAGCUAAUUAAGACUCCCACCAUUCGAAGAGGAGUUCAGAAUUUUAUGGCGAAACAAGAUCAAUGGACAAGACAACAAAUCAGAAAUAAUAAGGAUGACCCAUUUUGGAGGCAUGCUGGCUAUAUUAUUGCACAGUUGGAUGGUCUGUACAUGGGAGCCUUCGAGUGGGCUAAACUGCAUAAACUAACACCACUGAGCAACUUUGAUGUCCAGUUUCUGAAUGCAGUUGGAGACCUGCUGGACCUUAUUCCUGCAUUAUUUGAUUAUUCUGCACGGGGUGGACAGUGCAAUGUGGAUUCAGGAGGCCAUGGGAGAUACCAGUGGGACAUGGGACACUGCUCUGCACUGAUCAAGGUUCUACCUGGAUAUGAGAAUAUAUUUUUUGCCCAUUCCAGCUGGUUUACUUAUGCAGCCACACUGAGAAUAUAUAAACAUUGGAACUUCAAUAUAGUUGAUCCAUACACCAGCACCGGCCGUGUCUCAUUCAGUAGUUACCCAGGCUUUUUGGUGUCCCUGGAUGACUUUUACAUACUGGGCAGCGGCUUGGUAAUGUUGCAGACUACCAACAGUGUUUAUAAUGAAACCCUCCUUAAGCAAGUGGUGCCUGAAUCCUUGCUAGCUUGGCAGAGGGUCCGCAUUGCCAACAUGAUGGCAAAUGACGGCAAAACUUGGGCAGAGACCUUCUCCAACUGCAACUCUGGAACCUACAACAAUCAGUACAUGGUUCUAGACCUGAAGAAGGUCAAGCUGCAGAGGAGUCUUGAUGAUGGUGCAUUGUACAUCAUUGAGCAGAUCCCAACCCUUGUGGAGUAUUCUGAUCAAACAAAUGUUCUCCGGAAAGGUUACUGGCCUUCAUACAAUAUCCCUUUCCAUGAAAAGAUUUACAAUCUCAGUGGUUAUGCAUCAUACGUUGUCAAGUACGGCAUGGAUUUCUCCUAUGAGCUUGCUCCAAGAGCCAAAAUCUUCCGUCGAGACCAGGGCAAGGUGACCAACUUGGAAAGCAUGAAGUACAUCAUGAGAUACAACAACUAUCAGCAUGAUCCUUAUGCUGAACACAAUCCUUGCAACACCAUUUGCUGCCGGGAAGACCUGAAUCCUUCUAUACCAGUGCCUGCAGGCUGCUAUGACUCCAAGGUGUCGGAUUUCCGCCUGGCUGCAGCGUUCACGGCCUCGGCCAUCAAUGGCCCUCCGGUGCAGGGCGGUCUGCCGGUCUUCAGCUGGAGACGCUUCAACGGCACGCGGCACCAGGGCCUGCCUGAGUCCUACAACUUCGGUUUUGUCACCAUGAGGCCCAUCCUGUAAAACCAGUGCCAACAUCCACAAGUGGAUUUUUUUUAAAUGGAAAUUUUAUUUCUUGUGUAAUAAAUCGACCUGGAUGUCCGCAUCCCUGUGCCUUAUACCUCCCAUCCCAUGUCCUGCCUGCUACGCACUUUGUACUGAUAUUGGCUGCUUCUCUGCAGCCCAAAGCAUGUUCCUUUCUUCUGAGCUGUUUCAGUGGCCCUUCCUCUGACUGGGAUUGAUGAGAAGCAGGUGGCAGAGCUUUCUGUUGAUCUGAGCCAUCAUCACAGCUGUUCCCAGAGCAGGAGUGAGGAGCAAUGCCACCUGUGAGAAUGAUCUGUUUCUGGGUAGUAGCUGGGCCAAACCAGGUUGCUGCUUUGGGCUGUGCUGGCCUUACCUCAAUGCUGGCUUGAUGUCUGCCUUUUGUUUGAGUAGGGUGCUGCAAGUUGCUUCCCAUCAAGCACGUGUUCUCUGUGGCAGAUCAGUCUGUUCUGUACAGGAUGUGACUUUCAGUGGCACUGUCAAGACUUCCUUUGUGUGGCCAGAGCAGCUGGCAAUGUCAGGCUGCAAAAGAGGGUGAAGGGAAGUGGUCUGAUGCUUUGGAAAUGCCUCCAACCCAGGCUGCAGGGACAGAAAUGUAAUGCAAUGGAUCUCUUACAAGGGAUCUCUCUCUUGGAAUGGAUCAGCCCAUGCAUCUUUGUCUGCUCUCUCAGCUGUGGGGCCAGGGCUACUCUUAGCUACCUGUGUUUACACCAAGGAGUUGAAUCACUAGGCUGUUUUGUGCUAGAUGUUCUAUGUGUAAUUAAGUAAAACAAAAUAAACAACUCUUUCCUCAUGUCCUUGAUGGUCCAAGCUAAAUAGUGCACAGCACUGCCCUGUGUUAUGAAGGUGAAGAAUGAUGAGCAGUGUGAGGUUUUAAUGAAGCCUCUAGUGUUUAGCUUGUGUGAUGGGGAAGGGAGCAAGUUACUGGGUGAGGUUCUAGCUAAAUAUUUGGCUGUCACUGUAAGGGUGAGUUUUGCCAAGGGAAGAGGGACACCUGAAGUUACAGCAAAGCUGUUGAUGAUGAAAAAUUCAUGAAGGGACUGAAGUGAUUUGUUUGCUGAGGUAGGAGGUAGGUGUGAGAUACUGUGUGCAGAGACCUCCUCCAUGUGGUGGUGGAGCCACUGCCAGAUUGGAUUGACCUGGAUUGAACAGGCUGCAGCAGGCAUUAAGGAGGACACUGAAGGAAUGGAUCUGGGUCAUGAAGAGUGCUGCAAGGAUCUGAGCUGCCAGCAAGCAGAGGACCAAGAAUCAGCUGCUUUGAAACUGUAAGCACAGGAGGAUGGCUUGAUUUCACUGUCACUCCUAGACAAUGCAGCAAUACUGCAGGAUGAAUUUACUGCUUUUUCACAUAGUUUUAUAUAAAAAUACAACUGGAGAAGUACUGUUUAAAAGUUGGUCCCCAGGGACCAGGAAAUUGUCGAUGGAUUGCUGCAGUGAAGAGUGUUGUUGGCGCAGGACACAGCUAGAUGCUUCCACCUGCAGGGAGUGGAGCUGUGUGGCACUUGUGAUGUGCCCAUGACAUGACAAUAUGCAGUGGAAAUGGCAGCUCUGCCUUUCUCUCACCUUGAGCCUCCUACCUUGUUUUGUGCUCCAACCCAGAGUUGUGGGAAAUCAGAGCUCUUCUUUUGAGAGUGCCUUUCUGUAAGUAUUUACACCAAUGGGACCUUGGGAGCCUUAGAACUCCAAUCUGUGUGACUGUGGCUACUUGUUGCCUUUGGUUGUGCUGCUAAAGGCCAUUGCAUUCCUCUGGCUGUGCUGUCCUUUGUGCUUCCUUUGUUGCCAGGCCAGUCUGGGCUGAUCUGCCAGUCCUGACCACAGCAGCUGGGUCCAGCUCCUCUUCCCUGCACAGCUGCAUCAGUGACCAGACGAGGCUUUGAUAGCAUUGCAUGGCCCUGUAGGCGGCUGCGAAAGAACUGACAGACAGCUACAUGAAGUUUAAAUACGUCUUAAAGUAUCUUAUUUCCUUCUGCAGAUGCCACUUGGAAUAAAAAAAAAGAAGGUAUGCUCUAAGCAGAGGAUUUGUGGCAGAAGUUGCCACCUUUUUCAUACCCUGCUUUCAGGUUUUUUCCAAGUCCUGUGGCUUCUAACUCUUCAGGUUUCCAGGUCUGGCUGAAGAGGGACUUGGUGGGGAGAUGGAAGUGGGAGGCUGUAGUGGUAAAUCUCUCUUGCCAUUAUGAAAAAAUACUCUUCAGUCAAUGCCUAGAGGAAAUGACUCCUCUCAGCAGGACCAUCAAAAUUGUCACAUGGAAUACAAGCUUUCACAUGUUUUACCAUCCCCUUUUUCUGAAAUUCAGUUUCAAACCUGCCCCUCCUGGUUCUAGUGGUCAUACCCUGCACAGCCUCAGCUCUAACAGGGGCCAUGGACUGUCACAGCAGGAGACACCUGGGCAUGGUACCAGUGCCUGCCCAGGCCAGGCUGCACUUCAGGGAGAAACCAACAGCAUUCCUUUGGCAGUGUCCUGGUGCUGUGCUGCUAGCUCAGAUUUGCUUCUCAGCUGACUGCUGGGGUUUUUUCAGUUUCCUUACUAGAAGCAUCAGUGGUGUGCAGAAAUGGACUGUGCUCUGGGGCUGUAGCACUUUCCAGACCUUCCACGGAGUGUGUGCCAGAGCUGCUCUGCAGUAAACAGCGAGUGUUAUGCACGUUCACAUUCUCACUUCGCUCUACUUU